AUGUGUGUACCUUUCUUCUUCCACCAGCUCUCUGAUGCUCUGUGUGGCUGUCCGUCCUCUGGUUCUACCCUCCAGGGAAGCAACAGCAUCUGGCCCAGCCAGAACCAAACAGGGGGUCCUGCCUGGCCCGGCCAACAACCCACCCAGCCCCCAUCUUGCUGGCCUGGGAAACCCAACACCCCCUGCUGGCCUGGGCCACAACCAUCCCAACCAGCCCCAGCUUCAGCCCAAAACUGGCCUGGUCCCCAACCACAACCACCCCAACCAGCCCCAUCCCAUCCCUGCAAGCCAUGCUGGCCUGGACCCCAGCCUCCCCAAUUCCAGCCCCAGCCUCCCCAACCACAGCCCCAACCUCAGCCUGCACCCCAGCCUUUUCAACCUACAGCUUCAGCCCCGGCUUCUUCCCAAGUCCCCAGCCAGCCUAGUGCCCCAAGGUGGCCGGUUACCCAAGGCCUUAUCCCAGGCGUUAACCCAGGGUCUGGAUGGCCUUUCAGCCCUGGUCAGUCUGGUUGGCCUGGUCAGAAUCCAGGUGGCUUUACACCUGCUCCACAGUGGACUCCAACGCCAGCUGGACAUCUGAGCGUUCCCUACAACCAGAACCUACAAAGAGGCAUCUACGACAAGAUGAUGAUCACCAUCAUGGGCCGGGUCAAACCAAAUGCUAAGCAGUUCACAGUGAACUUCGUGCGAGGUAAUGACAUCGCCUUCCACCUCAACCCUCGGUUCAACGACGGGGGUAAGCAGGCAGUGGUGAGGAACACCAUGGUGGGAGAGCACUGGGGGAAGGAGGAGAGGCACACACAGGGAGGCUUCCCCUUCAUGGCAGGACAGUCCUUCGAGAUGAAGAUCCUGGUUACGUUUGAGGAGUUCAAGGUGGCUGUGAACGGAGCUCAGCUGUUUGAGUUUAAACACCGCGUCAGAGAACUCAACCAGAUCGAUCGCAUCAACGUCCUCCAUGAUGUCACCCUCACCUACGUCACCGUAGACACAAUACCAUGACAUCAGCAUACAGCAUAUAACACCCAGCAUGUGCUAAAUACAUACAAUUCAUUAUUUGCACCUGUUUCAUGAUGAUGAUGAUGAUGAUGAUGACGACGACGACGAUGAGCUGUGUUCAUUCUGUGGUGCACACAUAGUACUGCGUUAAU